AUGGCGGCCUCCUGGAGGCUGCGCUGUGACCCCCGUGUGCUAAGCUAUCUCCUGGGUUUCCACCGCCGACAAAGCCCAGGACUGAUCAAAGGGGCUUCCGGCUGCUCUGUCGGCCGCGUGACCAGUGGGAGAUGGUUUCACAGCACGCAAUGGAUGCUCGUUGACCCUAUUAAGAUACUAAUGCCGUCACUGUCUCCUACAAUGGAAGAAGGAAAUAUCGUAAAAUGGCUGAAGAAGGAAGGUGAAGCCGUGAGUGCUGGAGAUGCAUUAUGUGAAAUUGAAACUGACAAAGCUGUGGUUACCUUAGAUGCAGGUGAUGAUGGCAUCUUGGCCAAAAUAGUGGUUGAAGAAGGAGCUAAAAAUAUACAGCUAGGUUCACUAAUUGGUUUGAUGGUUGAAGAAGGAGAAGAUUGGAAAAAUGUUGAAAUUCCCAAAGAUAUAGGUCCUCCCCCACCACCUGCAAAACCGUCAGUGCCUCACCCUCCACCAGAACCACAGAUUUCUGUCCCUGUCAAGAAGGAACACCCACCAGGGAAACUCCAGUUUCGCUUAAGUCCGGCUGCUCGUAAUAUUCUGGAUAAACAUGCACUUGACGCCAGCCAAGGCACAGCGACUGGCCCUCGGGGAAUAUUCACUAAAGAAGACGCCCUCAAGCUGGUGGAGUUGAAAAAGAUGGGCAAGAUUGCCGAGUCCAGGCCAGCGCCUGCUGCCCCUGCCCCUCCAGCCACUCCCACAGCACCUUUACCCACCCCGACCACCACAGGGCCAUCCUAUCCUCGGCCAAUGAUCCCACCAGUCUCAAUUCCUGGACAGCCUAAUGCAGUGGGCACAUUCUCUGAAAUCCCUGCUAGCAAUAUUCGAAGAGUUAUUGCCAAAAGGUUAACUGAAUCAAAAAGUACUGUACCACAUGCUUAUGCUACUGCUGACUGUGACCUUGGGGCUGUUUUAAAAGUAAGACAAAAUCUGGUCAAAGAUGACAUUAAAGUAUCAGUAAAUGAUUUUAUCAUCAAAGCAGCAGCUGUCACUCUUAAGCAAAUGCCAGAUGUUAAUGUAAGCUGGGAUGGAGAGGGCCCAAAGCAAUUGCCCUUUAUUGACAUUUCAGUGGCUGUGGCAACAGAUAAAGGCUUAAUCACACCAAUCAUAAAAAACGCUGCUGCUAAGGGAAUACAGGAAAUUGCUGCUUCUGUAAAGGUUCUUUCAAAGAAAGCAAGAGAUGGAAAAUUGUUACCGGAAGAAUAUCAAGGAGGAUCUUUUAGUAUUUCUAACUUGGGGAUGUUUGGUAUCGAUGAAUUUACUGCGGUGAUCAACCCCCCUCAAGCCUGCAUUUUGGCUGUUGGGAGAUCCCGACCCGUGCUGAAGCUCACGCAGGAUGAGGAGGGCAAUGCCACGUUGCAGCAGCACCAACACAUAAGGGUUACAAUGUCAAGCGACAGCCGAGUGGUAGAUGACGAACUGGCCACCAGGUUUCUGGAAACUUUUAAAGCCAACCUAGAGAAUCCUAUCCGGCUUGCCUAG